AUUUUUUACGUAAUAGCCAUGCGACUAGACUUUGUGUAUCUCUUGGACUAUUACGUACAUAUAUAGUCAGCACACUCUUUCUUGGACUCUUGACUUGAUUGCAGAUCUCUACAAUAAGAUGUAGUAACACCUAAAAAGCUCGCCAAUUGUCAGAAAUGACAGUUUCGUGGAUCGCAUAACUCCAAUGCUUCAAGAUGCGACCAGAGAAGAAAGAGUUGACCGAGGAUGAUAAGUUCGAGCACCACCUCCAACAGGAGGCUGAGCUGGGCCGUUUGGCCAGAACUUACACGAUUUUGGAUCGAAACAGGAACCAAUUUGGAGGCCCAUCUGGUAAACUGGCGAAGACCAGACGUGUGUUGGACAUCUUCAGGCGAGAGCAGCGGAACAUCUUGACUGACUUGGCAGUUGCGUCUGCGGAUGCUCGCAAAAAAGAAGAUGAGAGGAGAUCCAAGAUGCUAGCGCAGCUGCUGGAAGAGUAUGAUACUGUUGACGAAGAGAUUAAGGUUCAGAAGGCUCACCUGAACGAAAUUGAUGAUCAAACCAAGAUGGUGAAGAAGAAGGUUCUAGACAUCUCGUCGAAGCAAAUAACAGACGAGCAAAUGCACCAGCGAGUUAUCAAAGGAGAGAAGACCGUCCAUACACUAGAAAAUAAAUUGGAGAUGCAGAUCAAAAAGUUCUGUGCCAUCUCCGCUCGCAAUGUCAAGUUGAGAGAAGAGAUCCAGCACUUGCUGAUUGAGCGCACAGAAUUCAAUAAGAUAUGGGAUAAACUGAUCAAUAAUCUAUGCAUCGGUAAGAAGUUUAUGCUUGAUUUGAUAGAACAAGCUACAAUCGCAUAUGAUCAAAGGGAAGAAUGGGUAUCGAAACUACAGUUCUUAAGAUCCAAGGCUCACAAUGACCUCCUAGCGCAUAUCCAGGACAUGCGUGUCAUGCAGAGGAAAAGGGACAAUGAUGAAAAAUUGCAACAAUUUUUUGCCAUCAAAGGCCAAAAAAGGGUAAUGAGGGAUUUAGAAGAAAAAAAAAUUGAGCGAAGACAACAAAACAGAGAACAAUUGGACGAACAACUAGAGCGUUACUUUUCUAUCAUGGAAGAAAUCAAAACAUUCACUGGUACAGAGACGAUAGGAGAGAUCGCCAAGCAGUUUCUCGAUCAAGAAGAGGUGAACUUUGGCAUGUUUCAAUACGUUAACUUCUUGAACAAAGAGAUGGAAGAGAUCAGCGAUGAACUAGGUACCCUUCAUAAUGAAAUAGAUGAACAAAAGCAGCUACACAUGACGCGUGAAGGGCAGCAAGGUAACAGACUAGAGGAGCUGAAUCAGGAGUUUGAAACGGUCGAAAAGAAAGCUAAUGACAAGACACAGGAAUUGAGAAACGUUGAACAGAAACUUACGACAAUCAUGACAGGAAUAGUAUACUUGUUCAAAAUGUUCAGGUGUAAGAAUGAUCCGCUUAUACAACUGUUAGGUCACAAUGAGACGAUCAACUAUUCCAACAUGGUCUUGUACCUUGAAAUAUUGGAGAAGAACAUACAAGAAGCACUAGUGAGCGUAUUCUAUAGAGAAAAGCAACUAUACGACAGAAAUAAGCUCAAAGCAGAGCAAAUUACUAUCCCAGAAGUAAAAAUUGUUCCUGUUAUUGACCAGAUCGAGAACAUCGUGACAACAAAUCCUUGUCCUCUGUGUAUAGAACAUGAACAGAUGAUACGUCUCUCCAUCCGGAGCAGCUGCAGAUGCCAAUUUCUUCUCAAUACAAAUGAACUCAUUGGGCGAUGUUUUUGUAAGCUACGAUCUUGGAAGCACCUUACUCACAUGAAAAACAGAUGUUCACUAGUCAUGAAUUGAGGUGAGCGACGUAAUAGAUGUGCUGCAACAUCCUCUAAAUAAGCUGCAGAUCCAAGAAGUUCUUUGGAAGAAGAUGGAGUUGAAUUUAGCAUUGGACAAGUUGCACAACGUGUCCGCCUGUCACCUACCAAAAUCUAGACAAAUCAUACAAAAGAGGUAUCAAUAAAGUUCUCCCAUAUUGAAAUUA